AUGCCCAUGGGGAAUGAAGAAGCAGCAGGUGCAGUCAGUGACCACCCAGGCCUGGGAGCUGGGGCUCAGCGGCUUUCUCCUCUCUGCGGCUCAGGGUCAGGACGCGGGGAGGCCGAGACGCGGGAGUGUAUCUACUACAACGCCAACUGGGAGCUGGAGCGCACCAACCAGAGCGGCCUGGAGCGCUGCGAGGGCGAGCAGGACAAGCGGCUGCACUGCUAUGCCUCCUGGCGCAACAGCUCGGGCACCAUCGAGCUAGUCAAGAAGGGCUGCUGGCUGGACGACUUCAACUGCUACGACAGGCAGGAGUGCGUGGCCACCGAGGAGAACCCCCAGGUGUACUUCUGCUGCUGCGAAGGCAACUUCUGCAACGAGCGCUUCACCCACUUGCCCGAGGCCGGCGGCCCCGAAGUCACGUACGAGCCACCCCCGACAGCCCCCACUCUGCUCACGGUGCUGGCCUACUCGCUGCUGCCCAUCGGGGGCCUCUCCCUCAUUGUCCUGCUGGCCUUCUGGAUGUACCGACACCGCAAGCCCCCCUACGGCCACGUGGACAUUCACGAGGACCCUGGGCCCCCGCCGCCAUCCCCGCUGGUGGGCCUGAAGCCACUGCAGCUGCUGGAGAUCAAGGCCCGGGGGCGCUUCGGCUGUGUCUGGAAGGCCCAGCUCAUGAACGACUUCGUGGCCGUCAAGAUCUUCCCGCUCCAGGACAAGCAGUCGUGGCAGAGCGAGCGGGAGAUCUUCAGCACGCCCGGCAUGAAGCACGAGAACCUGCUGCAGUUCAUCGCCGCGGAGAAGCGCGGCUCCAGCCUCGACGUGGAGCUGUGGCUCAUCACGGCCUUCCACGACAAGGGCUCCCUCACGGAUUACCUCAAGGGGAACAUCAUCACGUGGAGUGAACUGUGUCACGUGGCAGAGACGAUGUCACGAGGCCUCUCGUACCUGCACGAGGAUGUGCCCUGGUGCCGUGGCGAGGGCCACAAGCCGUCUAUCGCCCACAGGGACUUCAAAAGCAAGAAUGUAUUGUUGAAGAGCGACCUCACGGCCGUGCUGGCUGACUUCGGCUUGGCCGUUCGAUUCGAGCCGGGAAAACCUCCAGGGGACACCCACGGGCAGGUGGGCACGAGACGGUACAUGGCCCCUGAGGUGCUCGAGGGAGCCAUCAACUUCCAGAGAGACGCCUUCCUGCGCAUCGACAUGUACGCCAUGGGGCUGGUGCUGUGGGAGCUUGUGUCUCGCUGCACGGCCGCAGAUGGACCUGUGGACGAGUACAUGCUGCCCUUUGAGGAAGAAAUCGGCCAGCACCCUUCACUGGAGGAGCUGCAGGAGGUGGUUGUGCACAAGAAGAUGAGGCCUGCCAUUAAGGAUCACUGGCUGAAGCACCCGGGCCUGGCCCAGCUCUGUGUGACCAUUGAAGAGUGCUGGGACCACGACGCAGAGGCUCGCUUGUCUGCGGGCUGUGUGGAGGAGCGGGUGUCCCUGAUCCGGAGGUCGGUCAACGGCACUACCUCGGACUGUCUUGUCUCCCUGGUGACCUCCGUCACCAAUGUGGACCUGCCCCCUAAAGAGUCAAGCAUCUAAACCCAGGACACGAGUGUCUCCGGACUCAGUGGAUCUGAAGAAAAAAAAAGGAAAAAAAAAAAAAAGUUGUGUUUUGUUUUGGAAAUCUCAUAAAACCAACAAACACAUAAAAUGCAGCUGCUAUUUUACCUUGACUUUUUAUUAUUAUUCUAAUUAUUCUAAUUAUUAUUAUUAAUAUUAUUUUUGGAUGGAUCAGUUUUUACCAGCAUACUGCUCUACUGUACCGCAGGCAGCGGACGCGUCAGCGGGCGCCGGGGUGCUGAGCCCCGCGUGCAGAGCCGGCGCCGCGCUCCAGAGCCUCGGCCACCUCCUGUCCUUCGGGACUCGCCGCUCCCGCGUGCUCCCUCUGUGUCGUCUCAGAAUCUGUGACACAAAGAAACCCAUCUCCUGUCUUAGGAAACUCUAAUGCUGCAAACUCUACCUAGAGGAACCUUUGAAGACUGUUACAUACGAACUCACCUUCCUCCAAGGAGGCGUCUCCUCCCCUCCCCGUCCCCACCUCUCCACCUCCCCACCUCCCCACCUCCCCACCUCCCCACCUCUGGUUUUAUUUUUCUCCCUCUUAGACAGCUUAAGAAACAGCAGACGUGUCUUUCAUGGAUCUAACGGGUGUCGUCCCGACCGAGGAGAAGCCGGGAUGAGGACGAGGAUGGUUCAGACUGGAGUUGGAAGGGAGGGUGGUGCGGGGGUCGGGUUGGGGACAGAGCUACACUGGACCUGGGCACGUUCAGAGUGACAUCCUUUGCUGCGGAGGCUACUUCUCAGGUAACCAAGGAUCGAGGGGGGAAGGACCUCGUGGGGGCCGAGCAUUACGGCCGGAGUGGGGUUUCCAGAAGGUCUGAGGAGAGCAGGGGCAGCUCGGACCCAAC